AUGCUGGAAUUUUCAAUGCCCGGAUUUUUCGACGAAUUCCCAUUUGUUUAUUUUCCCUGGAAGGACGAAAAAUGUUUAGACGAAUCUGAAAAAUCUGGAAUCCGAAAAAUUCAAAAUCAGAUUUUUGCUGAAAACUUUUUAUUGGAAAUUGAGCAAAUCGAAAAACUUCCAGUUCUGCAACUUGAUGACGUGGAUUUUCAGAAUGAACCAAAGGAAUCUGGAAAUUGUGGACCUAAACCUGGACCCAAAAGAAUGAUAGCUCAACUUUUUCAAAUUUGA